AUUCAUAUAUAUAUAUAUAUAUGAGUAACAAAUUCCAUAAACGUAUUGCGUCUGGCCAUUUAAGCUCAACCAGAGACAUGUUGAGACAAAAAAGGGAGAAAGAGAAAGAUAAGGGACGGUUUCAGCUUACUGCCCAUGAAAUGAAAAUGAAAUAGGGAGGGAAGUUUCGAAUCUUGAUGAUGGGCUUUUUGUUGGAAUGAAAACACUCUUCCCCCUGAACAAGCCAUCCUUCUCAGUCCGCCAUCUCCAACAACUCUCGCCGCGUUCUCACUUGUCUUCUUCUUCUUCUUCUUCCAAGUCUACUGGGCCGAUCCGAAGCAGCAGAGUGGACAAAGCACUGAGAGUUCUUGACCUGAUAGCGCGAAGUCCCAAUGUCCCCACACCUCGCCAAAGCCACCUUAGGCUCAUUCAGGACUUCUUCCGGGCAGACCCAAAUGCACGCCCACGACACACAGUCCCUGAACCAGAGUUUCUCGCAGAAGCCGAACCGACUUCUCUGCCAUCUCAUCCUCGGAAGGAAAGGGAAGCGGUCGACGCGAUUGUUCUGUCGCGUGCCGUCAGCUCAUGUGGGUCCACCCGAGAUCUCUUUGGGGGGAUUCAGUUCCACUGCUUAGCAGUAAAAACAGGAUUCUUUGGCAAUUCCUACGUCGGAAGUUCUUUGAUCACCUUAUACAGCCGAUGCGGCGAGCUGGAGAAUGCGCACAAGGUGCUUGACGAAAUGUCCGUGAAGAAUGUAGUUUCGUGGACGGCUAUGAUAUCGGGCUAUGCCCAGGGCUGGCAGGUCAAUGCGUGCUUGAAGCUCUACGGCUCGAUGAGGAUUUCAGGCUCAGAGCCGAAUGAUCUCACGUUCGUGGGCCUCUUGGCUGCCUGCAUGGGCAGCGGGGCCCUUGGGCAGGGCAGGAGCGUCCACUGCCUAACAGUCCGUGCAGGCUUCAAUUCACACACCCACGUCGCAAACUCCCUCAUCUCCAUGUACUGCAAGUGCGGGGACAUUAAGGAAGCUUUGCAGGUAUUCAGGGACAUGCCCAGUAGGGAUAUCGUGUCGUGGAACUCAAUGAUUGCAGGCCACGCCCAGUUUGGUCAGGCAGUUCAAGCGAACAAGCUCUUCGAAGAGAUGAAGCAGAGGAAUGUCAAACCCGAUAGGAUCACUUUCCUUGGUAUCUUAUCAUCAUGUCGCCAUGCCGGUCUUCUGGAGCUGGGCCGGGAUUACUUCAACUCAAUGGCCAUGCACGGGGUGGAGCCUGAAUUGGGCCACUACUCGUGCAUUGUCGACCUCCUGGGCAGGAGCCGGAAGCUUGAAGAGGCUCGGAGCUUCAUUGAGAGGAUGCCUAUCAGCGCGAAUGGUGUGAUAUGGGGAUCGUUGCUCUCUUCUUGUAGGGUCCAUGGGGGUGUCUGGAUCGGGAUUGAGGCUGCAGAGAGUAGGCUGGUGCUGGAGCCUCGAUGUGCAGCCACUUAUGUUCAGCUUGCAAAUCUCUAUGCCAGUGUUGGUUACUGGGAUGAAGCUGCAAGGGUGAGGAAGUUCAUGAAGGAUAGAGGGCUUAGGACCUGUCCCGGAUACAGUUGGAUCGAGAUUUCUAAAAAAGUCCACAGAUUCAGAGCAGAAGAUGUGUCAAAUGAUAGCAGAGUUCACAUUCUAUCCAUCCUAGAUUGUUUGCUGGUUCAUAUGAGAAGUUUCGGUUAUUCGCCUGAGGUAUAUGAGGAAGAUGAUGAUGGAAUACUAUUUCGUGAAACAAUUUGAUUAGCAUGGAGCUUACACAAGAAAUGGAAAAAAGAUCCUUUAUUUAGAUGCUA